AUGGCGUCUCCGUCGCCGGCAUUCGCUUCUCACCCAUACGGCAUCUCCGUCGCCUUUCGCGACCCCGGUGGUGCUUCGGCAAAUGUUUCCAUCGCUAUAUCACGGCUUGGAGGUUUGUCCGCCUUCAUUGGAAAGCUUGGCGAUGAGGAUUUCAGUUCGAUGCUCGCCGCAGUUCUAUGGGACAACGGCGUCUCUGUCGCUGGCAUUCUCUUCUCACCCUCAUGGCACACUCUUUUGAUUUCUCUCCGUGCCAACGGCGCGCACGAGCUCAUGUUUUUUCCCAUAACGAUUGAAAAUUUUCAUUCUUAUCCGUUGAAUGUAGUUUUGGAUAUUAGAUUCGAUGUUGAACUUUUUUGGCCUUGUGAUUUCUGUGAUUAUUAUUGUUUUUCAAUGCUUGUAUCACCUUAG